AUAGUUGCCAACGAGUCACCUUGUGAGGCGAACACUUGAAUAAUAAUAUCUAACAUCGGUACAUUAUUGUACGAGAAAUCGAUGAAGUCGAGACUGUCUUCAAUAUGUGUAAAGAUUAUAAUGUUCCGUAGAAUAUAAAUAUAAAGUAUAAACGUAAUAAAUUAAUUGUCCCAUGAGAAUAAAGCAAAGAAAUGCAUCGAUAUUAACUAAAUUUAAUUAGUACGAACGAAACGAGUUUGUCAAGUCUCCAAUCGGGAAAAAUGUUAUCGCCAGAAUCGUACAUUCACAUUAAGAAAGCCGUGGAAGCGGAGGUGAUCAAGACAAUACAAAAACAAGGGUACAAUUUGAACACGGUGAACAAUUACGACGAGAAUCUGUUGCACAUAAGCGCGGCGAACGGUUGCUACGAGAUCACGAAGACGAUUUUGGACCGGGAAGAGAGCCAUCGUGCCGUAGACAGAAAAAACAAAUUCGGUUGGACCCCGUUGAUGCAGGCGAUUCGCAAUAGUGACAUCGACACUGUGAAAUUGCUCUUGGAGAAGAAGUCUAACGUCGAUGAGUCGACGUAUCUCGGCAUGUCGGUCCUCGGGCUAGCCGCCGCGAUCAGCACGAAGAUGUUCGAGACGGUGUACAACGCGUGUCCGAGCGCACUGGCGAAUGCGAUUAAUGACGAUAUCAGUCCACUGUGCGUAGCAGCCAUGAAGAACGACAAGGAGCUGUUCUUCAAGCUGCUGGAACUUGGUGUUUCGAUUUCAGAUGCUAAUGAGUACACGCACAUCAUGAUGAGGAACUCGACUGUGCCGGAAAUCGCAAACUUGGCGAAAGAACAUUUGAUCAUAGAUGACUAUUGGAACGAUACGUCAGAUAACAUCCAGGUGAUGGGCCAACAAGGAGACGUCGACGAGAUCAAGGCGGCUUGCAAGAAGAAAACGGCAAGGCCCAUAAAACGUCAUCUCUUGUCCGUGGCUGCGGAAUCCGCGGAGAUGCAGAAUUUAGCGUCGCCCGCGCUGACGUACAAUCGUGACGGCGUGUUCGCGGCAUCACCAGUCGUGUGUUUCACGAGGACCGAUUUCACGGAGCGUGCGAACACGUCCUUAGAAGACGAGGACGCGACCACGCAGAACGAUUUCAAAAUGUGUCAGCAAGAGUCAUCUGCAGUUGCACUUCAAAGAUUGCAAUCGGUGCGACCGGCGGAUCUCGAGAUUGCGAAUCACUCGAACGAUUUGGACGCCACUCUCGGCUUUACACCGGAAUUCAGUCCGCUGAGGUGUCCCCAUGUGCCGCCGGACAUCAACGAUGAAAACGUGUUUGGCGAGAACACCCCGACACCGCCGCGUUGCAAAACGCCGCCAAAAGGGAUGCUGUUGAACUCGCGACAGGCGAAGAUGAUCGUCGUGUUGAAGCGCUCCGGUUUUGCUCGAUAUAUUCCUAUAUUUCUCGAGCAGGAAGUGGACAUGGAUUUAUUUCUAACGCUCACGAAUAAUGACUUGAUAGAAAUCGGUAUCGAGCACAAGGAGGACAGGCGCGCUUUAUUGGAAGCGAUAAAGGAAUAUAAGAAAGAAACUUUAAUCUAAAUUAUAUUUAAUUUGUAAGAUAAUACAUUUUUAACACUUAAUAUUUGUGAGAUACUUGUUAUCCCCGUAGGGAAACGAAUACGACGCGUUCUUUUUAUUCUCUCUCUUGCUAAAAAAUAAUUUAUAACUUAUAAUACAAUUUUAGAAUAUUCAAUUCUCAUAACUAUAAUUUAUUAAAAUAUCUACUUCAUUCGUUAAAAGUUAGUGCUCCCUUUUAGCCAUAAGAAAUAAUUUUUUUAUCGAAUAAACUGCAUUUUAUCAGAUAUGAGUAACAAUAAAACGACACAAUAAUUUAUAAGAAAAA